AUGGCUCCAGAGAAUGAAGAAAUGGUUACUGGAUGGCCUCUUGGACUUGGCUUCUUGAAUACGAGACUUAGAGUUGUGGAAUCGCUUCCAGCAGCUUCAGCUUCAGCUUCAGCUUCUUCAGUGGAACCACCAUAUCAACUGCACAUGCCAUCCACAAGCUUCUCUUCAUUUUCAACCUCUAAUCUCGAUACUGAGUCCACAGCAUCUUUCUUUCAAGACAAAAGUGUAUCACUUGCGCAGCUGAUUGGAUUUAGAAUGGAUGACAGAGGACGCUUGUAUUUUCCCAAGUCAUUGAGGUUUGAAGAAAGGAACAUGAUACUAGAAAAUGGUUCUUUUUCUAAUGGCACCAAAGAACAAGAAAAGGAUGUUGCUAAGGUCAUUUGUAUACCUGUGUUACUUGAUGCUCUGCUAAAGAUUAUAAAGAGUAAGAAGAGUUCAAGAAACUAG